AUGGCUUCUUCUUCUUCUUCUGCUGCUCAUUCUAGAAUCUCGACUCUCCAGAAUCAUCUUUCACCUCUUGAAGCAAACAACAAGCUCAGGAGUCUGGUCAAGAUAUCUCCAGAAGUAUCCGAAGCUAUAUCCAAUGGAGGAGCUGUGGUCGCUCUUGAGUCAACCAUAAUCUCCCAUGGGAUGCCUUACCCUCAAAAUCUGCAAACCGCAAAAGAGGUUGAGUCAAUUGUGAGAGAGAAUGGAGCAGUCCCUGCAACAAUAGCUAUCUUGAAUGGAGUACCUUGCAUAGGUCUGAAUGAGGAAGAGCUAGAACGUCUUGCAUCUCUGGGAAAAAGUGUGCAAAAGACUGCAGGCAGGGAUAUAGCACAUGUUGUGGCUAGAAGAGGAAAUGGUGCAACCACAGUCUCUGCAACGUUGUUUUUCGCUUCAAUGGUUGGCAUCAAAGUUUUUGUGACAGGCGGGAUAGGAGGUGUGCAUAGACAUGCCAACCAUACUAUGGACAUUUCAUCUGAUCUAACUGCACUUGGAAGGACUCCUAUAGCAGUGAUAUCAGCAGGCGUUAAAUCAAUACUUGAUAUUCCAAAGACUCUUGAGUAUUUGGAAACUCAAGAAGUUUAUGUUGCUGCUUACAAGAGUGACGAGUUUCCGGCCUUCUUCACAGAAAAAAGCGGUUGUAAGGCUCCUUCCCGUGUAGACAGUCCUGAAGACUGUGCUCGAGUAAUAGAUGCAAACAUGAAGCUAAACCGUCAGGCAGGGAUUCUAUUUUCAGUUCCGAUUCCGAAACAGCAUUCAGCCGCCGGAAAUCUUAUUGAAUCAGCAACGCAGCGUGCUCUUACAGAAGCAAGGGAACAAAGCAUUACUGGAAGCGCAGAGACUCCAUUUUUACUUGCACGGGUAAAUGAGUUAACUGCAGGCACGUCACUUGCAGCGAACAUUGCGCUUGUGAAAAACAAUGCCCUUAUAGGUUCUCAGAUUGCAGUAGCCCUUUCUCAGUUGAUGUGA